AUACAGAGUAUAGCACUGUCUCGCAGAUCGACUUUACUAUAUGAAGCAGAUAAGAUCGAGAUCGACGAUGAGGUACAGGAUGUCACUAUACCUACAGCAAAAAUUCGCAAGAAAGCUGUACAACUCAAGCAAACAAUCUACAUCCUCUCCUCAGUUCCCCGAAAAGACAAGCUCGAUUACUCUCCCAUCCAACUUCUCCAACAGCUCUACAUACCUAUCCGGAUCCAACAUCCGAGAUGCGUCGAACCUCCACCAGAAACAACAAUACACCAGUAUACGUUAUACAUAGACGACUCGGAUUUCCACCGCCGUAUUUGAAAACCUACAUAGUAAAUACCUCACAUAUCAGUUACGGACCCCCACGUGGCAAAUACAUACACGAAGAUGUCAGUAAAUUCAAUGCAACCCUGCCAUUUGAAGUCUAAA